AUGGGAUUUUUCAGUAGAAUCUGGGAGUGGCUUCUUUCUUUGUUCUGGAAUAAAGAAAUGUCAAUCACAAUCCUCGGAUUAUCAAAUGCAGGCAAGUCAACUCUUAUUAGAGCGUUAAUGGGAAAGCCUACAGAAGAUGUUGUUCCAACAAUUGGCGUUGAAACAAAUACAUUCACAAAAGGUCGUGUACAAAUUAAGGCAUGGGAUAUUGGAGGACAUAAACAGUUCCAAUUCCUCUGGCCUACAUAUUGUCAAAAUGCAAACGCAAUUCUUUACAUUUUGGAUGCAGCAGAUGAAGAAGCAAUAGCAGAAAGUAUCAUUCAAUUGCAUAAUCUCGCCAAAGAUGAAAGCGUUGGAAAAGUUCCAAUUUUAAUUUGCGGAAACAAAGAAGAUCUUAAGGAUGCACUUCCAGCUGCAAAGCUUAUCGAAAGACUUCGUUUAUCUGAAAUCGAGGGACAUGAUGUUGCUUUAUUCACAAUUUCCGCCAAAGAAAAAACACAUUUAGACUCUGUUGUCAACUGGUUAGUUGAGCAUGCAUAA